AUGAAGGUCAAGCAAAAGCUUCACCAAGCCAUAGAUCUGCUGUACUCUAAUGGACCAGCUUCUUUUGAUGAUUACACUCGUCUUGUGCUUCAUUGUGCUCGAGCUAAUGACUUCAUUCAAGGAAAGAGACUGCAGUCUCACAUGGAACUCCACCUUUUUCAACCCAAAGACUCCUUCAUCCAUAACCAACUCCUCCAUUUGUAUGCCAAAUUUGGCAAGCUCGCAGAUGCUCAAAACGUGUUUGAUAACAUGACUAAGAGAGACAUUUAUUCUUGGAACGCCUUGCUUUCUGCUUAUGCAAAAAUGGGUAUGGUUGAGAAUUUACAUGUUGUCUUUGAUCAAAUGCCUUGUCGCAAUUCUGUUUCAUAUAACACAUUAAUUGCAUGUUUUGCUAGUAAUGGGCAUUCAGGCAAAGCAUUGAAAGUUCUAAUGAGAAUGCAGGAAGAGGGGUUUCAGCCUACCCAUUACUCCUAUGUGAAAGCAUUGCAAGCAUGUUCUCAGCUUUUGGAUUUGAGGCAUGGGAAACAGAUUCAUGGGAAGAUUGCUGUUACUGAUUUGGGGGAAAAUACUUUUCUAUGGAAUGCUGUGACUGAUAUGUAUGCCAAAUGUGGUGAUAUAGAGAGGGCCCGGUGGUUGUUUGAUCAAAUGAUUAAUAAAAAUGUUGUUUCAUGGAAUCUCAUGAUUUCUGGGUAUGUAAAAGUGGGAGACCCAGAUGAGUGCAUUCAUUUGUUUGAUGAAAUGCAGUUGUCAGCUGUGAAACCUGACAUAGUUACAGUUUCAAAUGUUCUCAAUGCUUACUUUCAAUGUGGACGUGUAGAUGAUGCAAGAAAUAUAUUUAACAAAUUACCAAAAAAAGAUGAAAUUUGUUGGACAACAAUGAUAGUUGGUUAUGCUCAAAAUGGAAGAGAGGAGGAUGCUUUGAUGUUGUUUGGUGACAUGCUACGUAGGAAUGUUAAACCUGACAGUUACACCAUUUCUAGUGUUGUUAGCUCCUGUGCCAAACUAGCUUCUUUGUGUUACGGUCAAGUCGUCCAUGGAAAAGUAAUUUUAGUGGGUGUUGAUAAUGACAUGCUUGUAUCAAGUGCUCUUGUUGAUAUGUACUGCAAAUGUGGAGUCACUUUGGAUGCUUUGAUCAUUUUUGAAACUAUGCUUAUUAGGAAUGUGAUUGCUUGGAAUGCCAUGAUUCUGGGUUAUGCACAAAAUGGACGGGUUCCGGAAGCUUUGGGUCUGUAUGAAAGAAUGCAACAAGAAAAUUUCAAACCAGAUAAUAUUACUUUUGUGGUUGUCUUAUCUGCUUGUAUCAAUGCUGAUAUGGUAAAAGAAGGACAGAAGUAUUUCGAUUCAAUCAGUGAACAAGGAAUGACACCCACAUUGGAUCACUAUGCAUGUAUGGUCACUCUCCUUGGUCGUUCAGGUAGAAUUGAUAAAGCAGUUGAUCUAAUCCAAGGUAUGCCUCAUGAACCAAAUUACCGUAUUUGGUCCUCCUUACUAUCUGUUUGUGCCAAAGCUGACCUAAAGAGUGCAGAGUUGGCAGCUAGUCAUCUCUUUGAAUUGGAUCCACAUGAUGCUGGACCUUAUGUCAUGCUUUCUAACUUGUAUGCUGCUUGUGGAAGAUGGACAGAUGUAGCUGUUGUAAGAUCACUCAUGAAGGAAAAGAGUGUAAAGAAGUUUGCAGCUUACAGUUCGGUUGAGGUUGGGAAUGAAGUCCAUAGAUUUGUUUCAGAAGAUCACUCUCAUCCAGAAGUGGGAAAAAUUUAUGGAGAAUUGCACAGACUGAUCUCAAUAUUGCAACAAAUUGGGUAUAAUCCAGAUACAAACAUUGUCCUACACAAUGUGGGAGAGGAAGAAAAAUUUAGAUCCAUUUCCUACCACAGUGAGAAACUUGCUCUUGCAUUUGCUUUAAUUAGAAAACCCAAUGGGGUUGCACCAAUUCGGAUCAUAAAGAAUAUACGAGUCUGUAAUGACUGCCAUGUAUUUAUGAAGUAUGCGUCAAUUACUAUAGGACGACCAAUCAUAAUGAGAGAUUCAAACAGAUUUCAUCAUUUCUUUGGUGGAAAGUGUUCUUGCAAGGACAAUUGGUAA